AUGGGUCAUAUUUCACCAGUGAGGGAUUCUCUAAUUCAAUCGUUUUUCGAGGAGACUGGGAAUCUUGAAGGCAAUGUGGAAACUUCUAUAAUAGACACAACCAUUAAUCACGGUGAACAACCAAAGCAAUCAACUCUUGAACAGACAACGGUCAUACUACCCAAAGUUCUGAAUACUGAGUCAUUUCAUGAGGAGUUUAAGAUUUUAAACAGGAAGUUGAAUUCGUUACUUAAAUUGCAAGUUGAUGGUGGAGAUAAAAAUUCAAUAUCUACUCUUAAUGUUGAUUUAAUGUUGCAAGCCCAAGAGCAUCGUAUUUUAGAUAAGCUUAAUCACAUGGAAGAGCCUGCUGAUUUAAGAAUCAAAUCUCAACUUGAUUCUUUCCAUAGUGUAAUUCGUGAAUUAAAAGAAACUACCAAGUCUUGCCAUAUUCUUUUUGUUCAAGAUGUGACUGUUCGUGAGAAUGUCAAUCUCAAAGUUCAAGAAUGA